CUUCUCCUUCACCUUCCAUACGAAACCCAUUGCAUUUUCUGACGAUUUCUAAGAAGAGGUCGUGCGUCAUUUCUGAAAAGGGUUGCUUCAAGAGUUGCCGUGUCUUUCGGUUUCCAAUGUUCCACGAGGAAAAUUCCGUGCUCGACUGCUUUCCCAUGUCUUUCAAAUGACCACCGCCCCAACCCCAACGAAAUAAAGGAAAUGGAACGGACUCUUCUCAAAGAUCAAAAGAGAGGGAACAACAGAGCUUUUUCGGUUUUUUUUUUUAUUUCAUUUUGUUAACGAUCCUUGGGGCUGAUAUACAAUCUACCGGUUCGAGAGAGUCCUAGUCCAUUUCUACAAAAUUUAUCAUCAAUAUAUACAACUCAAAUGAGGCGCCUAAGUUGUUUGAUGAAAGGCUCGAACGAGGAUUUUUUAUGGAUGUUUCAGUAUAUAAUAGACCAAAUAAAAGGAUGGCCCUCUACUUACAGUGACUCCGUCCAAAAUGACGAUCUGAGAGAGAGAGAAAGAGUACUAGCCGACAGUGAUUCUCAAAUUUGAAAGAGAGGAAGAGAUCUGAGAAUUUUCUUCGAAGAAGACGUGCGUUGGUCUUCUUCUGCAUGGGUACAGCUGAAAGAGACGUGCGUUGAUUCUCAAAGCUGAACUUCUAUCUUUUUUCUUUUUUCAUUUCCUUGAGGAAAUCGAUGGGAAACUGGUGAAGAUGAUAACCUACAGAAUGUGAAGACAAGGUUGAAGCAGUGGAUUAGGUGAUACUGCGUUGGUCGUCUUCUUCAAUUCUUCGUCCUCCAGUUUUCUUUUUUCUUUUUUUUUUAAAUAUAAGUGCCACAUCAGCGCGGUGCACAGGGCCUCCGCAUCCGUACUCCUGUACGUAGCGGAACUGUUUUUCCCGGACCUGUUCGGCAGGAGAGUUGCUGUAGUCACGUACGAUGAAAUGGUUAGAACGACAGCGUUUACGUCCUGUUUGUGAAAUUGGGGUGGGGAUCGGAUGAGCAGGCGCAGCUGGCUGCGUCUCUCUCAGCAGCUGAACCGUACUUCAGUCUUCAGAUACUAACCUGAUGAUUCGUUGGAGGAGAAUGCGAAACCCGCAUUUUGCUGUGCGCGGACUACUCAGAAAUAUACAGGGUCCUUGUCACGGGCCCAUGCUUACUCGCAUAUCUAACAAUGAGUCUGUCCCUUCCUGUUCUUUUACCACAGGUUUGAGACCUAAGAGUUCUUAUCGGGACACUGACUUAUAUUCAUUAAACAAAAAGAUCUCCCAUUUGAUCAGGACUGGUCGGAUUUUUGAAGCGAGAGCCCUGUUUGAUAGUACGAAGAACCGAAAUACUGUUACAUGGAAUUCAAUGAUAAGUGGGUAUGUUCAACGAAGAGAGAUGGGUAAGGCACGUAAGCUGUUUAAUGAAUUGCCUGAAAGAGAUAUUGUGUCGUGGAAUUUGAUGAUUUCAGGUUAUAUUUCAUGUCGUGGAAGUGGGUAUAUUGAGGAGGGGAGGAAAUUGUUUGAUAACAUGCCAGAGAGAGAUUGCGUUUCAUGGAACACGAUGAUCAGUGGGUAUGCAAAGAAUGGCAAGAUGGAUGAGGCGUUACGGCUUUUUACUAGUAUGCCUAAGCGUAAUGUCGUUUCUUGGAAUGCUAUGAUUACUGGGUUUUUACGUAAUGGUAAUGUGGUGCGUGCUAUUGAGUUUUUUGAGAGAAUGCCAGAACGGGAUGCAGCUUCCCUCAGUGCACUCAUAUCAGGUCUUAUUCAGAAUGAUGAGUUGGAUAAAGCUGCAAGAGUUCUUUUUGAGUUUGGUAAUAAGGAUGAAGCCAAAGAAGAUUUAGUGCAUGCAUAUAAUACUUUGAUUGCAGGCUAUGGUCAGGUAGGAAGGGUUGAAGAAGCGCGACACCUUUUUGAUCAUAUUCCAUUUUAUCAUGAGCAAAGUAAAGAGGGUAAUGUGACAUUCAAGAGAAAUUUGGUAUCAUGGAAUUCUAUGAUUAUGUGCCAUGUGAAAGUGGGAGAUAUUGCUUCUGCCAGGGAACUUUUUGACCUAAUGACAGAAAGGGAUACUUUUUCCUGGAAUACAAUGAUCUGUGGCUAUGUCCAUUCGUCUAAUAUGAAAGAGGCUUCAAAUCUCUUUGGUAAAAUGCCAAAUCCUGAUACCCUUUCAUGGAAUACAAUGAUAUCGGGGUUCAUGGAAAUUGGCAGUUUAACCCUUGCUAAUGACUUCUUCGAAAGGAUGCCCCAGAGGAACCUGGUAUCCUGGAACUCCAUGAUUGCAGGAUAUGAGAAAAAUGAGGACUACAACGAAGCAGCUAAACUCUUCACUCAGAUGCUACUUGAAGGGGAGAAACCUGAUAGACACACUUUAUCUUCAGUUCUCAGCGUGUGUACUGGGCUAGUGGAUCUUCACCUAGGUAUGCAGAUCCAUCAGCUGGUCACAAAGACAGUUAUUCCAGAUGUGCCAAUAUAUAACUCUCUCAUUACCAUGUAUUCAAGAUGUGGGGCAAUAAAUCAGGCACGGACCAUUUUUGGCAAGAUGAAAAUGCAGAAAGAUGUAAUCUCUUGGAAUGCAAUGAUUGGUGGUUACGCAUCUCAUGGUUUUUCCAAAGAGGCUAUUGAGCUCUUUGAAGUGAUGAGGAGGCUUAAAGUGCGGCCUACAUAUAUUACCUUUAUCUCAGUUUUGCAUGCAUGUGCUCAUGCAGGAUUAGUUGAAGAAGGCCGGAAACAAUUCAAAUCCAUGACUUGUGAAUUUGAUAUUGAACCACGGGUUGAACAUUUCGCUGCGCUUGUGGAUAUUGUGGGUCGGCAUGGGCAGCUUGAGGAGGCCAUGGAUUUGAUCAAUACUAUGCCAUGUGAACCAGAUACGGCUGUAUGGGGUGCAUUAUUAAGUGCUUGUAGGGUGCAUCAGAAUGUAGAGUUGGCCCGAGUUGCUGCUGAAGCAUUAAUGAGACUUGAACCCAAAAGUUCAGCCCCAUAUGUGUUGCUAUAUAAUAUGUAUGCUGAUGUUGGACAGUGGGAUGAUGCAGCAGAAAUUAGAAUGUUGAUGGAAAAGAAUAAUAUCUUAAAGCAACCAGGGUAUAGUUGGGUAGAUUCAGUGGGGUAAUGAUAAUCUCAGUGAUCAAAUGACCUGAUUAAUUGGAUUCGAUUCAGUGGGGUAUUUUCCUUACAAUGUAUUUCAGUUCCCUCUUAUCGAGAGAAUACAAAAUCAGCCUACAGGAUUCAGUAAAAUGGUUGUUUGUAUAACCUGGACUUGCAAGAGAGAAAAUUUAAAUGAAAAGGUAGAGCAAGACCAACUUGAGUGUAUCAUCUGAUGUUGGUCAGAUUUAAACGUCUGUUCUGGCAGUUUUGUUUUGAUGAAUAUUCACAUAUGAGCUGGGGCAGAGCAGUUGUAGCAGUUUUGGAUGGGGCAAACCCUGUGAAUAUGGAGUAUACAUGUUGCAGCUGCUGAUCUUUUAUAGCUUUCAGGCUUGCAAAUUCAUCCCUUUGUUCACUCAUAAGCAUCACCAAUGUGUCACCUCUAUUGGAUCCCCCAAAAGGAAAGGUAUGUUAUUAUUGUAAUCUCUGGUUAGCCCUAGUCUUUAUGCUUUAAACUGCCACCAAAACGAGAUAAUAACUACUUAUGAAAUGAAGCUUCAUGUGAGGUACAAUAUAGAAGUAUGGAUUUGAUAUACAAAAUCCUUCUCUUGCUAGUCUAUGCAUUUGCAAUGCAGAAUCUGCAGAUCCUUUAGGGAAUUUUGCUACAGAGACACUAAUGUUAGGAGAAAUAGCCAACAUCAGCAAAUAUAGAUUGGUUGUUAGCUGAAUUGGUUUCUGAAACAGCCUCUGACGGUUUUAUUGCCCCUUCCUUUGUUAAGGGGAAAGACAGUUUUUGGCCUGGCUCAAUGCAGAGGGGAUGUGAGCCACACAGACUGCUCGAGUUGGAUCCAUGAUGCAGCAAACCAGAUAUGGAAUGGCUGUCCAAGUUGUUGCAAGAAUAAGAGCUUAAUUGGGGAAGUUGAUACAUCUUGGGUGUUUUCUACUACAAUAUUAUAGAUGCUGUAACAGAUCCUGAAAACUUCCACAGAGAACUAGGAGCUCUGAUUGAUGAAAUUAGAGCAUGAGUUGUUGGGCCUAAGAAUGAAGGGUUUGAGAGAGGUGACGCCAAGUUGUCUCCGUUUGUGACACUUUAUGCAUUGGCACAGUGCACAAGCCACCAUUUUGGAUAUAUUGUGCUCAGUGUUUGGCCAUCACUGCUGGCAGUUUUGAAGAACAUUGCAAUAACCGGAAGGGGUGCCAAGUUAUGUAUAGAAGUUGUUAUGUCCGAUACAAGCUCUAUCCUUUGUUCUUUCCACUUGUUUCAAACAAUACUGGGGUUGAUACUCUGAUGGCUAUAGUUUAUCCAUGAAUAUUUUAAGCCUAUCUAUCUAUGUGAUCCUGCACGACCCUUGGGGGCUCUAAUUAAGUA